GUGCCAUUCUUUCCUUAACCCCUUCAAUUCCCUUCUUUUUCAUGGUGUUAAAAGGAGACUCCAAAUAACAGCAUUUGCUUUACAGUUACAGUUUUAUUUUAAGAAAAUAUUGCCCUUCAGUACAAAAUAGCCAUUUAGUAAUACAUCCAACCCCAACAAACAACAUGUUCAAAUUAAUUUUUGCCUUCGCAAUUUUUGCCUCGCUUAAUUCAAGUGUUCAGAGCCUCACGAAAGAGUACAGCUCGUAUCGUCCAUUACCAUUGUGCCGACCUUCAGAUUUCGUUCGCUAUCCUGAAACGAUUCAAGACGUACAAAGCAUUGUGCUGGAAGCUAUUGCCAGAAACAUCACAGUCAAAGUUUUCGGUGCUCGGCACUCGCAAACAGACAUCAUUUGCACGGAGGGGAUUCCAGUUCAAAACAUUGGUUUGAAAUAUUUUCAAAUAAAUGCUGACCAAACAGCAACAUUCGGUUCGGGUGUCAGCUUGUAUGAAGCCAAUGAAUUUCUUAGAGCAAAUAACAGAGGGCUUAAAACAACGCCGGCUUUUGGCAACAUAACACUCGGUGGCGCAAUUGGUACAGGAUCACAUGGCUCAACAAUUAAACAUUAUUCGUCCAUCUCUUCGCAAGUUAUUUCAUUAGUUGUUGUGGAUGGAUUGGGUAAACUUGUCCAAAUAACGGACGAAGCGGAGCUCAGAUCAUUUAGGAUAAAUUUAGGCCUUUUAGGCAUCGUUGUGAGGAUUACUCUGCUAACACAACCACUCUAUAAAGUCAUCGCACAUAAUUAUGUCACCAGUGAGGACGUGUUGACAGAUGGUACAGCGAUCCAAUGGGCAAGAGAUGCUGAUCAAAUGUCAAUCUACUGGUUUCCAAGUGCAAGAGAAGUGAUCAUUGCCAACUCUUUUUUAGAUCUAUUUAAUAUCACCAUAAUAUUCGACUUCGUGCUUCCCCCCAUCGUCUCCGUUUCUACGUCGUGCCCUCCAAGAUUAAAGAUGAACUACAUGGAGUUGAGCUACAAGGGACCCCCCGACGGCCUUCGACGCGCAAUUCUCGGUGAUGGUGGAUUUCGGGGUAAUCGAGGAGGACGUGGAACUCGUGGAAGGGGUGGCCGUGGGGGUGGAAGGGGAUUUCGAGGUGGUCGUGGGGGUGGAGGUGGUUUUAAUGGUGGCCGUGGGGGUGCCGUGACAAAGAAAGAUAAGCGUAAAUGUGCAAAAUGCAAGGAACGCGGACAUAUUGCAGAUGCGUGCCCAUACACUGAAGAAGAAGCCUCGUCCAGAAAGGUUGCCGCACUUCAGAAACACGCCGACGCGGCUGUCGCCGUUGCUGCCGCUGCUGCCGGGAAAACCGUAGCUGCUGCAGCUACUACUGCUACAUCUUCCAUGACUACUACUGACAGUGUUGAUCCUGCUUUUAAGCCACCAGGAUGGAAAGCAGGCGUCAAUAUUCCAUGUUUACAUGAUGUUGCCAUGAAUUAG